AUGUCUGAACUCCUCGACUUCAAGUCCACCUACACCUCCACCGAGCGGCGCCGCGCCUCCGCGGCAAUGCUCAUCUCGCGCCCCUCGCACAUCCCCGUCAUCUGCGAGAAGGCGCCAAACUCCAAGAUGGAGGGCCCAAACCUCAUCAAGGUGCUCAUCCCGCCGGAGCGCCAGGUGGCCUACCUGCUGCAUCUCAUCAGGCGCCGCACAAAGAUUGCGCCAACGCAGGCGCUGUUCUUGCUUGUUGACGGGGUGCUGCCGCCGACGAGUAUGGAGCUGGGCGCCCUGUUUGAGGAGAGUAGGGAUGCGGAUGGGUUCAUGUAUGUGGUGUAUACGAGUGAGGAGACGUUCGGAAAGACGGAGGAGACGGAGGGUUAG